AUGCAAGAUAAUGUAUUUUUAGGAGGAUUGAUGCCCAAGCGAGUCAUUAUUACUUGUGUAGAAAAUGCUGCAAUGAAUGGACAAUAUUCAAUGAAUCCUUUUCUGUUUGCUGUUUGCCAUCAUCAUCAUGUCAACUUUAUAUCGAUUUAUGUAGAUGGACAACCCGUUCCAUGUAAACCAAUGGACCUUGAUUUCGAAUCUAAUCAUUAUGUGCGUGCUUACCACAGUUUAUUUUCUGGAUUUAAUCGCGACAAAGGCAUCUAUUUAUCUCGAGAAGAAUUUGUGAAAGGACAUGUGUUAUAUGCUUUCGAUUUAACUCCAGAUAUGUGUGAUGGAUCUCAUUUUAACUUACAGCAUCAAGGCAAUUUGCGAGUAGAAAUUAAAUUUGCUAAAGCUCUCUCUGUGACUCUCUCGGUGCUAGUCUAUGCAGAAUUUCAAAACGUGAUUGAAAUAACAAAAUCUCGUCAUGUACUAUGCGAUUUUGCUAAUUAA